AUGGCGGCCUUCUGUGCCCGCCUACUUGGCGUCAACAUUUUCCGCUUACUCCCUGGACCAGUCAUGAUGGCGGCUGGAUCUAUGGCGGCUUCUCGCGGAAUUCGCGACCUUCUAACCAGGCUGAUCCAGGUGGGGCUUGAGAAGCAAGGUGAGCCUCUUCAUGUCUCUUCACCAGGUAUUGACCUCAUGGACUUGGCUUCGGACCUCCUGCAGCCCCAAGGAGAUGAUGCUGCCCGCAUCAGCUGGUACCUGCGUAACCUCAUCACCCGAUACCAGGAGACCUUCAGUGUCAUUGAGAAGUGCCCCAAGCCUGUGAUUGCUGCCAUCCAGGGGGGCUGCAUUGGCGCAGGUGUGGACCUUGUCACCGCCUGUGACAUCCGUUACUGUGCCCAGGAUGCUUUCUUCCAGGUGAAGGAGGUGGAUGUGGGUUUGGCUGCUGAUGUGGGAACUCUGCAGCGACUCCCCAAGGUCAUCGGGAACCAGAGCCUAGUCAACGAGCUGGCCUUCACUGCCCGCAAGAUGAUGGCUGAUGAGGCCCUAAGCAGCGGGCUGGUCAGGUAGGGACUGAGGCCAUUGUGGUUAAGUGCUUGCGGCAAGAUUUCCAGCAAGAGCCCGGUGGCUGUGCAGAGCACUAAAGUCAACCUGCUCUACUCCCGGGACCACUCCGUAGCUGAGAGCCUCAACUACAUGGCGUCCUGGAACAUGAGCAUGCUGCAGACCCAGGACAUUGUGAAGUCUGUCCAGGCAGCGAUGGAGAAGAAGGAACUGAAAAGCAUUAACUUCUCCAAGCUCUGAGAGUCCGCUAGUUCAGGGCUUUGGCUCUGGGUCCGGCCAAGUCCCGCCUUACCCCUGCGUUUGGUCAUCUGACGGAGGGGGAUUGGCGAAGUUGUUGUCUCAGUGCCUUCUCUCCUAGUCUCGCAGUUUGUAACCUCACGACCUCGAUUUCAUGCACAGUAUUUGGGUUUUGAGCACACUUACAACUUAGAUUCAGAUUCAAACUGUACAAAAGCAAUUCAUAUAACUAUGUGUAAAAUAUGUGUACCACCAGAAUAUUCUGAAAUUAAAAAAAAAAAUACAUAUAAUUUUUUUCUGUGUCAAAAUAUACCCAAGGAACCCAUUCAAAUGUUAUUUUCAAACUUCUAAACAGUAUUAAGUGCCAUUAAAUGUAAUAAUAAGUGUCAAUUUCAUUUUUUGUAAAAAAAAAAAAGAGAGAGAGAGAGAGACUGAUUUCCACAAGCCCAGGGCCUUAUCUUCACCCUAUGAACAAUAAAGCAAUGUAAAGAAGAGAGAA